UUCCAACAUUCGACAUAACGAUAACGUGGCCUAGGUGAUAAUCGCCCAAAACGUCUGAGCUAUGAGUGCUGCCAGUAUACUAGAGUUACAAACGUGGAUCGUUUAUCAGAGGAUUGCGGCGGAAUGUGCAAACUGUUUGUAAAUCAUUACAAUCUUUCGUUGCCAGUUAUUUAUCGAUUUGUUCAAAACACGUAAAAGCACAUUCGUGUCACCGCAAUCAAAAAACACGCCCAGACAGAACAUAGAGCGUCAUUUGUAAAGCUAUCAACCGACAAAUCAUUUUUGUACAGAACGACGCCGCGGUCUUAGAAUAUAAAUAAAUAUAUUUUUGCGUGAUUGAUUGAAAUCAAAUUGCUGCAUUAAGCAAAACAUCGAAAAGCACAAUAUAGUCUGGAGCAAUCUAAAGCGACGGUUUCAAUCACAAAGAAAGGCGCGGGUGCUGUCUGAAGGUCUCCAGCUGUUGUAGGGGCCGUCAUUACACCGUCACCAGGAAUCGCAGAGUGCAAACACAACAAAAUCCCAACAAUUCGAGUGGAGUAUGAUGUAUGACCUCGUUUGAGGUGGAAGCAACGCUAUUCACCGCAAAGACAUCAAACCAAAGAAAGGUACAACAGGAAAGAAGACUGAUAUCAUCACACAGAUCGAUCUUGUUACCCCACAAAGAGGAAAGGAAUCCGGCGACAACGGUUAGACAAUCCACAUCACUUCCUGUUUUUUGCUGGUGCGAGAAGCUUCGUUAUUUUUAACUUGGUUUUUUCGAAGGGAAAAUGAUUGAUACAGUUAUGACCGAUAAUGCAUUCAAAGCGAAAGACAUCGGUCUCCGAGCCCAGAAGAAGAUCCUCUCCCGCAUGGCGAGCAAAAACGUGGCCAAGGUGUUCAUCGAUGGUACUACUGCUUCACUGCUGGACAACGUCUACCGACUAGCAAAAACGCACACCGGAAGCAAAAAGGACGCCGAAAAGCUAGUCAAGAACAUCAUCAAAAUCGUGAUCAAAAUUGCCGUCCUGCAUCGCAAUGGCCAGUUCAGCGCUGACGAGCUGAAGUUGGCCGACCGGUUCCGAGCCAAAUUCCAAACCCUACAGAUGGCCAUCAUUUCCUUCUACGAGGUGGACUACAGCUUCGAUCUCAACUACAUGCUCAAGUCACUGCAGGAGGUGCACGCACUGCUCAAGGGCUGCGUCGAGCGACACUUGACGGACAAAUCGAUGGGCCGGAUCGAGGAGGUGUUCGCGUUCUUCAGCGAUCCCACGCUGCUGGAGACAGCCUUCCGGCAGGAAUCGCCCUACCGGGACCUGAUGGAUAAGAUCAUUGCCGAUCUCAACAAAGCGAUGGAGAACGGGGAUAUUUAAUGUUUGGGAACAAGUGACGUAGUUGGAUAAUACAAUCAGAGCUUGUUUAGUCGAAAUGAUUUGUGUGAAAGCAGCGCACGCGAGCGUAAGGCGCAUUUUUUCGCACGUAGUGAUAAUUAGGCAAGAAACUUAUGGUAUUUUAGUUGCUAGGAUAUGUGAGGCCUAUUUCCAAAGCUAAUCACGCUUGCGAAUGGUUCUAACACUGUUAUAGAUAUUUCUGUACUGAAUUAGAUACGGUAAAUGGGGGAAGUUGCUUGCCAGCCACGAAAAAAAGGCAAGUCGGUUGAACUAGAGCUAGAAUUAGAACUCAUUAAUGCUUUUCUGUUGUUAAUAUUAUUGAAGUCAUUACUGUAUUAGACGCCUGUUAUUAAAUUUCUGCCCGUACCGUUGCUCACAAAAUAGUAGUGUGAAUGGCACGAACUAAUGUAGCAUUCAAAGAACAAAAAUAGUCAUUACCAGAUAGGAUGAGGUAGUUGAACUUCUUGGAAAAAUAUUUCGUUUAAAUGCGUCUUUUCUUAAGCCGUAUUAUUGAUAGUUUGACACAGUUAUCCCCAUCAAUAAAUCUAAAUUCUACAUUUGCCUUAAACCGAGAAAAUAUAAAUCGCGUACAAACAAAAACCUGUGUAUUCAUAUGCGCUGGGCCGGUCACACCAUAUGAAUAAAGCCUUUAGUCGCAUCUAAGUCCCAUUUUUGUUAGGCGGAAACAAAUGUGCUUAUUCUGCGUCUCAAAUGACUCGAGAACUGUCGAUUUCGUCUCACGUGAGACAACCGUGCAAUUUAAAUGGGAGAUAUCGACAAUUCUCACUUCAUUCAAAGCGCCUCACCUCAUACGAGACGCAGAAUAGGCACAAAAAUCUGCAAAGAAGCUUUAGAUUGGAGCACAUUAUUGUUUCCCGUUGUUUGGCACUUUUGAGAGAUAUUGUUAAUUCUUGUUAACUACGAUUUAGUUGAACCGAGUAAAAGUUCCCUUGACCACAUGAAUUGAUCUGUCUCGUGUUUUUCUGAGUCGAUUCUUUUACUUAUUUAAGGUCAACUUUCCUAAAGAAUUCAGAACGCUCCAAACAAAACAAAAAUUUAAAUACAUAAAGUCCUUUCGCCCUAUUUUUGACAGAUAGUUUUUUUUGUCGAAUGCUACCAACACUUUAUUUCAUUUUUUGUCAUUGAUUCAAUACUGAAUAAGUCCACAGAAAUAUAGGUUUUUGGGGAUAGUUGAAAAUAAAUUAAAGAAUCGACUGAUACAAUAAAACGAAAUGAAACUAUUUAUUGACGGGAAAUGUCUAUUGUAACAGAUUGCAUAUGAAGGAGUCAAUCGCAAAGGGGUGUAUGUGACAAAGACUUAGUUUUCAUUCAAAUAUAAACUCGUUUCAUAUAUUUUUGUAUGGUAGUUCAAAACAUUUUUUUUUUGUAAAUUUUGACAUUUAUUAUAAACACUUAAUCAGCACAUUGCCGCAAAGCUCCAGAACCAAAGCAUUUUUUGCUGUAGUCAACUCAAUUUUGAACAAAAUAUUACACCUCUCUACUUCUAACCCCCUUAUAUGAUGAUAAUAUACGUCAUUCGUCAGAUCAAGUCUAAUUACUUUUAUCGUGACUAUUAGAAUAUUAUAAAUUACUACCGAGAGAGAGAUCAAAAAGUUCAACGACCAAAUCGCACAAUUUGAUUCUAAGUUUGUGGAAGAAAUGGUUGUAAACUGUUUUACUAUUAGUCCUAUAUACUUGAUUUUCUUCGCUAAGCACUGGCAAAAAAAAACAAGAACCAAAAAAGGAAUUAACAUAAAACAAAUAGUUUGCACAAUAAAAUUUCAUGUCAAGUUUAACAUAAUAGUCAAAAAGGCGCAUGGUGCGAGUCCUGACCAAAUAUCAAUAAAACUGGUAACAUCAUACUACUAAAGCAUUAACAACCAUAAAAUUCAUCAUAAAAAUCAUUUCCCAUUUUUAAACCAGUGCAGCCAGUUUUCUGGAUCAAAAUCUAAACUAGAACCACCCUAAAAACUCGGUGUUAUCGAACUUUGUAAAAUUUGCGGAAAAAAAGAGGAUCAACGUAAACAACACUGCGCCUAUUACGCACACCAUACAAUUUGGAGAAAAAGCAAAAUAUACAUACACGAACCUGAUGACAUUAUGGUCUAAUUUAUUGAUAUUUGGAUUAGAAAACAACAACAAUAUUCUAAGUCAUAUAUUUUAUCUACAACACAGUUAUAGAGUAGAGUAUACCACUGAAAAGAAAUACAGAAAAAACAUUCAUAUCAGAAGACCCCCACACAUUGGGUGGUCUAUAUGCGAAAUGAAAUUUUCCUCAACUUUCAAAGCGUACUUAAAGCAAAUAUUAUCAAAAAUAAAUGUAAAAUAGAUUAAUUAAACUAUGUGGGGUUGAUGCAGUUUGGUACUGCAAACUCUAAAUCUGGAUUUCAACAACUUUCUCCAAUAAUACUUUUAGUGUGCUAGGUUUUGGAAAAAUUUGCUGAUGGUAAUGGUAUUAUUUUCGAAUACAGAAAUACUCACGUAUAAGAACCAGCAUUUCCGAAUUGUCUAUAAUCCAAUGCAAAAAGUUUGACCAAGGGAAACUGCAUCUAACCAAUAGAAUACUUCAACAAAUACGGAGGAAUAUUCAAAGCAUAAUGUAAGGUGAAACAAAAAAACUUGAGUAAAACAACAAAAUCUAGAAUGGUUGCCUUUGGAUGGGGUAUUUGUUAGAUUUAAUUCUCUGUAUAGUUAGUAAACGGAUAACACGUGAAUGCACCUCCAAAUUCACAUCAACAACAGAUGAUAUUUUGAUCGAAAUUGAAAAUAAAGAGGAUGUAAAUCAA